AGCUAGAGCGCCGGGGAGCCACUAGAUCUCCAGGCACAAGGGCGGGAGCCACCGCCGCCCCUAUGGCGCCCGCCACCCUCUGGGUCGCUCUGGUCAUCGGACUGCAGCUAUGGGCCACCGGGCACACCGUGCCCACCCAGAUUACCUUGACACCCUACAUUCCAGAACCUGGAGUCACAUGCCAGGAACCAAAGGAAUACUACAACAACAAUGUUCAGAUGUGCUGUGCUGCGUGUCCUCCCGGCCAGCAUGUGAAACACUUCUGCACCAAAAUCUCAGACACAGUGUGCUCCGACUGUGAGGACGGCACGUACACCAAGCUCUGGAACAGGCUCUCCACGUGCCUGAGCUGUGGUUCUCGCUGUGGCUAUGACCAGGUGAAGACCCGUGCCUGUACUAAACAGCAGAACCGAGUGUGCGCCUGCAAAGCUGACAUGUACUGUGCCUUGCAAACAAAUACUGACAGCUGUCGACAGUGCCUGAGGCUGAGCAAGUGCGGCCCUGGCUUUGGAGUGGCCAGUACAAGAUCUGCAAAUGGAAACGUGGUGUGCAGGGCCUGUGCCCCAGGGACGUUCUCUGACACCACAUCAUCCACAGAUGUGUGCAGGCCCCACCGCAUAUGUAGCAUCCUCGCCAUUCCCGGAAAUGCAAGCACGGAUGCAGUCUGUGCACCCGAGUCCCCAGCCCUGAGCACCGUCCCAGGAGCAGUCUACAUAUCUCAGUCGGAGUCCACAAGAUCCCACCCCCUGGAGCCAGAGCCAGAGCCAGAGCCCAGCCAAACUCCAACCACCGUCUUUGUCAAAAGUGAACCGAGCACCACGGGUGGUAUCUCUCUUCCAAUCGGUCUGAUCGUUGGGGUGACAGCUCUGGGUCUGCUGGUGUUAGGGCUGGUGAACUGCCUCAUCCUGGUGCAGAAGAAAAAGAAGCCCUCCUGCCUACAAAGAGAAGCCAAGGUGCCUCACCUGCCCGAUGAGAAGUCCCUGGGUGCCACAGGCCUAGAGCAGCAGCACCUGUUGACCACAGCACCCAGUUCCAGCAGCAGCUCCCUGGAGAGCUCAGCCAGCGCUGGGCACAGGCGGGCGCCCCCUCGGAGCCAGCCCCAGGCAACGGCCACAGAGGAGGCCCGAGGGUCUCAGGAGGCCUGUGCAGGCUCCCGGAGUUCAGAUUCUUCCCACGGCAGCCACGGGACCCAUGUCAAUGUCACCUGCAUCGUGAACGUCUGUAGUAGCUCUGACCACAGCUCACAGUGUUCUUCCCAAGCCAGCACCACAGUGGGGGACACAGAUGCCAACGCCCCGGGAUCCCCGAAGGAUGAGCAGGUUCCCUUCUCCCAGGAGGAGUGUCCUUCUCAGUCCCAGUGGGAGACCCCAGAGACACUGCAGAGCCGUGAGAAGCCCUUGCCCCUUGGUGUGCCUGAUGUGGGCAUGAAGCCGAAUCAACCGGGCUGGUGUGACCAGGUUGCAGCCAAAGUGGCCUGACCCCUGCAGGGGCAACGCCCUGUGUAUGGACCCCCAAUUCUCCUAGACCCUCAACCCACAGGACUUUACAACUCUUUCUGGGCCCAUUUCCCUUAGUGACCUCCCCAGCCCCACUUGCAGGUCAAGUGAGGGUUGAGGCAGCCAGAGUGGCGGGAAACUCUUGCCAUGGUGUUCUAUGGGGCAGUCCCAGCAAAUCCUUGCUCUUCUGUGACCUCUGGAUCUCCUGGGCUCUGGCCUGAUUGUGGCUUCUGAGAGGUCCCAGGAUCUUUCCCUCCCAAGGAGCUAACAUCCUCAUCCAUACGCUUGGAGAAAGGAUAGUACAGCUCUUCAGCCUGAAUGAUGACAUCACAGGACAAUCCCAGCAGGAAAGGGGAAGUGGUGGCCUUGUAGGGCACAGGGGCCCUUGAGGUUAGUGCUAGACUCUUGGGAAGCACCCCCUUCCAAACUAUCACAGUUCUUUUGAUGCAAGAAUCAGAUGUACAGAGGCCCCGAUAGGCAAGGUUGCUCUGCUAUAAGGUGCUGGGGCUGUAACUCAGUGGUAGUGUGUGCUCUUAGCAUGCCCUGGGUUCGAUCUCAGCUCCACACGCAGAAAGUAAGUACAUGCAGCAAACAGCUGGUUUACGUCCUCUGCCCUUGACCUUCACUCCCGUGGGCACACAGAGGGUUCCAGUUCCUCCCUGCUGGCCUUCUAAGGAGCCCUUCCAAGGCCACACCUUCUUUUCAGGGAAUCUCAGGGACUGUAGAGGUCCCAGGCCCCUGCAGCCACCUGCCUCCUCCUACCUCAGCCUGGACCACUCCUUCUAACUCCCCAACUGCUUGGUACUGUACCCACUGUGACCCUGAGUGCAUGUCCAUGCUAUGCAUUGUGGAUUGGAACAGUGCAUGGCAUCAUUUGAACAGCCCAUCUGGAAGCAGCUGAAGCCAGCUGUUUUGCCAAAGGAUUCAUACCCAUUUUC